UUCUUUGAUUGCUUUACUUUACUGUUCUUUCCUUUGUCGUUUCAUUUGUUGAUUCAAAGUGCGCUCAUUUUCCAUCCAAGACCUCAAGACAAAUGUGAUGGUCACUUUAAGCCGUCCUUAUACAUUGGGACAUUCUUGGUGACAAUGCUGCAUGUAUCUCUGCGAUUUUAGAACGAGCACUGCCCCGGGUUGGAUGUUUUCACAUAAUUCGCGACAGUUAUGUGUGCCUUGACGGCUUACACGCAUUCCUAACGUUAUUGAUGUUCAGGCUGUAGGUUCGAAUUCAUUUUGAAAAGAUAUAUGUCAUGGGAGAAGCGCCGACUUUGCAAACACUUGGAUGGGCUGCGCAGAACUCAUCUGGUCUCCUAGCUCCCUACAAAUUCAAGCGCAGAGUUACUAGACCAAAUGAUGUUACGAUGAAGGUAAAAUAUUGUGGAAUUUGCCAUUCUGACGUUUGUCAAAUCCGCUAUGAGUGGGGAGCCUCAGAGUAUCCUAUGGUUCCUGGUCAUGAAGUCGUGGGAGUGAUGAAAGAAGUCGGAUGCGAGGUGGCCGAUUUCAAAGUUGGACAAACGACUGGCGUGAGAUGCAUGGUUUGGUCCUGUCAAACCUGUGAAUCAUGUGAUGACGGCCUGGAGCAAUACUGCCCAAAAAAGAUCUGGACGUAUAAUGGCGUUGAUACUGAUGGCACCCCCACAUAUGGGGGAUACUCGACGGAAAUGGUCUGUGACCGCAAGUAUGUGCUGGGAAUUCCAGAAAAUUGUCCUCUAGAUGCAGCUUCUCCCUUUCUAUGUGCAGGAAUUACCACUUUUAGCCCGAUGAAAUAUUAUGGAAUGACAGAGAAAGGGAAAAGUUUAGGUGUGAUAGGCUUAGGUGGUCUAGGCCGCAUGGCUGUCAAGUGUGCGAAAGCCUUUGGACUGAGGGUGACAGUCUUCAGUACUUCACCCGGAAAGGAAAAAGAGUCGCGUGAACUACUUGGGGCUGAUGAUUUUAUAAUCAGCACGGACAAGGAAAAGAUUAAAGCUGCUGAGUCGACGAUAGAUAAUAUCAUUGACACUGUCUCAGCUGUUCACCCAGUGGACGUUUACCUUGGCCUUCUCAAAACCAAUGGAAAAUUCAUUAUGGUCGGCAUUCCAGAAAGUCCUUUGCAAUUCUCGCCAAAUUCAGUUAUUUCCUGGCGGCGCUGUGUGGGAGGGAGUCUCCUCGGGGGAGUUGCUGAAACUCAAGAAAUACUGGACUUUUGUGGAAUUUACCAUUCUUUUGAACUCCAACAGCAAAUGAUGAACUGUUGGAUCGUCUGCUGUAUACAAACUCUGGAAGCAUUCUGUGGGUGCAACUCGGAAUGUAGUUGAGCAGAAAGUUUAGCAAAUUCCACGCGAGGUAAGCAAGAUUAGUUGUGUUGUGAAGGCAUUGUUUUAGUGAAUUCAUUUCCUGAAUUACUUUCCCAAAAACUUAUGGAGAUACACCUGAUAUUUUUAUAUGUUACUUAUAUUGGCACUAGAAAUUGAUUUUGGGUUUGUCAAGAAAUUCUAUACGAAUUGGAAUUGACUUGAAUCUUCUACAAUUUUUUGAAAUACUGCAAUUUAAUAGAAGUUUGAUUAA